AUGGCCGACAACCACAAAUACAUCACCAACACGAUGGCCGACAAUCACAUACAUCACCGGCGUGGGGCGCCGUCGGACAGCAGCGGCAAAGGAGGGCCGGCGCAGCCGCGGCCGCGACGGGGCGGCGCCGGCACGGCCGCGGCGAGGCCGGAGCGGGCACGGCCGGGACGGGGCGGCGCCGGCGCGGCCGAGGCGGGGUCGGGGCCGGCCGGGCGCGGCCGGGGCGGGGUCGGGGCCGGCCGGGCGCGGCGGGGUCGGGGCCGGCCGGGACGGGGCGGCGCCGGCGCGGACGAGGCGGGGUGGGUGCCGGCCGGGCGCGGCCGAGCCGGGGUCGGGGCCGGCCGGGCGCGGCUGGGACGGGGCGGGGCGGCCACGGGCGCUACCGGGCCGGGGACGGCGCGGGAGGCGCGGCCGGGCGCGGGCGGCGCGGCCGGCGCGGGCGGCGCGGGCGGCACGGCCGGGCGCGGCCGGGCGCGAGCGGCGCGGGAGGCGCGGCCGGGCGCGGGCGGCGCGGUGGGCGCGGGCGGGGCGGGGGGCGCGGGCGGCGCGGGCGCCAAGCUCGCCGUGCGGGUGGGCGCGUGUGGGCAGGCACUCUGUGUUUUUGGUUUUGGUAGCUCGUGUUUGUAUUUGGGCUGCUCCUUUGCCUAG